CGAAGAAGCGACAAGCUCAUACAACGUAACGGUGCGUCAGAAUCCGUGCCUUAGUUUGAUCUCGGGCGUCGCCGGCGCGCCGCCAUGACGUGAGCAGCCUCGAGUCGACACGCGAUGCGCUGUGGCCGGACCGCCGCGACCUCUCUCCUCCUCCUCCUCCGCUCUGCUAUUCAUCGAUGAAGCUUCGCUCCCAUGAACGCCGACUUGCACCUCAUCGCCCGAUGGCUUCAGGCAUGCCGCACUCACCGCUCGCUCUCUCGAGGAAGGCAGCUCCACCAGCUCCUCCUCAAGUGCGGCCACGGAUCCUCUCUCCAGCUCUCCAACUGCCUUCUCCAGAUGUACAGCUUCUGCAGCCCAAGCGUCGACGACGCGCGGAAGGUUUUCGACGAAAUGCCUUGCAGUAACUCUUUCUCCUGGAACUCCCUCAUCGACGCCCAUCUCAAGUUCGAGGAACCGCACCACGCACGUCAGAUGUUUGAUUCGAUGUCCUGCAAGAAUACUUACUCGUGGAACGCCAUGAUCACUGGCCUCGUGCGGUGUGGUGACUUGUACCAUGCUCGCCGCUUGCUUGAGGAAAUGCCUGUCGUGGACGAUGUUGCCUGUAAUGCAGUUCUCCAUGCGUAUAUCCGUCGUGGGCAGCCUCAAGAAGCUUUUAACUUAUUUAAAAAGGUUAGCUCGGAGCUUAAUACAAUGUCAUUAUCAUGUGGCAGCGACAAAUUUGUUCUCGCAACUCUUUUGAGUGCUUGUGCAGAGUGCUUGGCGUAUGAUUAUGGCCGGCAGAUUCAUUCCAGAAUUGUCAUUGGCCAGGUUGAUUUGGACUCUGUUCUGGGAAGCGCCCUUGUCAACAUGUAUGCUAAAUGUGAAUCUUUUGAUAGUGCUUCUGGAGUUUUGGAGUUGAUGCAGGAUCCAGAUGAGUUUUCUUUAUCAGCCUUGAUAUCGGGCUUCGCAAACUGUGGAAGAUUAGAUGAAGCAAGAAGCAUAUUUGAUCGGAGGAAAAAGCCUAGUGUUGUUUUGUGGAACUCUAUCAUUAAUGCAUACUCAUCUGCUAAUCAAGGAGCCGAAGCAUUAAAAUUCUUCAAAUGGAUGAUCCUUGGGGGAGUCGUCCCAGAUUCAUCUACUUUUGCUAGUGUUCUCAGUGCAUGUGCCAGCACUGGUAUUCCUAAGCAUGCAAUGCAGAUGCACGCUUGUGGUUGCAAGCAGGGUAUCGUCGAAGACUUAAUCGUUGCAAGUGCGCUUAUAGACUCUUACUCCAAGUGUGGGAUUUGGGAGGAUGCUUGCAAAGUUUUCAAAGAUCUUAGAGUACAUGAUACAAUACUUCUAAACACUCUGAUCAAUGUUUACUCAAAUUCUGAUCAAGUUGACGAAGCAAGAAGGAUAUUUGAGAUGAUUUCUUGCAAGAAUAUUAUAUCAUGGAAUUCUAUGAUUGUCGGUUAUAGCCAAAAUAGUCGUCCUAUCAAGGCACUAGAGCUAUUCAUUGACAUGCAUCGUCUUGAUCUCAGGCUCGAUGAGGUAGCUAUAGCCAGUGCACUUAGUUGUUGUGCUAGCCUUUGUGCCCUUGCCGCAGGGCAACAGCUUUUUGCCCUUGCUACACAGAUUGGCACAGUCACUGAUCUGAUCAUCACCUCUGCACUUGUUGAUCUCUAUUGCAAAUGCGGCACGGUAAUUGAAGGAAGGAGGCUUUUUGACAGUGUCCAAAACCACGAUGUGGCUUUGUGGAACUCAAUGCUGAUGGGGUAUGCUUCAAAUGGAUAUGCAAUUCAAGUGAUCGAGUUGUUUGAAACGUUGAGGAAUGCUGCUGGUGUCUGCCCAAAUGAAGUAACCUUUAUCGCUGUACUUUCAGCUUGCUGCCAUUGCGGACUGGUUGAGGAAGGAUUGAGAUGGUUCCAUAGGAUGAAAGUGGACUAUCGCAUUGAACCAGUAGUUGAGCACUAUUCGUGUGUGGUUGAUUUGUUGGUUCGUGCAGGUCGGCUUGAGGAAUCUAUUGAGUUCAUUGAUGCAAUGCCCUUUAAGGCUGAUGCUAGCAUGUGGACAUCAGUACUGGGUGGUUGCAAGGCUCAUGGCGACGAGGUUUUAGGAAGUAAAGUAGCAGAGAGGCUACUUGAGCAUAACCCUCAGGACGCAGGCCCGUUCUUGCAGCUAUCUAGCAUAUAUGCUGCUUGCGGGGAGUGGGAGAGUUCCGCACAAUUUAGGCAGAUGAUGCUUAACAGAAAGAUCAGCAAGAGUCCUGGUUACAGUUGGAUUGAUAGUUAAGUUUGAAGUAACUAAUCCAAAGUUGCAAGUCAUCUUGAGAAGUUUGAAGGACAGUUGCUUUAAACAAAAACAGAAUAAGGUAAACGCCCUAGAGAUACUCUUCAUGAAUAUAUUUUCUUCAAUCUGCUAAUGAAGUUUACAGAUAUGAUCAUAUAAUGGCAAGAGAUUAAGGUUUCACCAUAUUAUGGAUCACGAGGAUCUGGUUGGUAAAAAGUAGUACAAUUUGGAAGGCAAAGAUGUUGGUAACGAACAAACUGUAGACAAUUUUUUGAUUUUGCAAGCAUGGUCAAACACUGACUCGUUCAAUCGGUGUAACAGAAAAUCAAAGUUAGUCCACUCCUGUUGAAAUUUUAAUCGGCUCAAUGAAAAAACUACUGCACAAAUGAGAUUCAUUAAAAAGAAGAAGAAGACACCAGACAGUGGAGCCUCAUUAAGUCUGGCUUCCAUUGCUACACCUUCCACGAGACCUGCCUUCUCAACCUCUAUUCCAACCUUGGCGCCUCCUUCUUAGGGGUGAUCAAGUUGAUUCUGCUCAUGUAAUGUUCAACGAAAUUCCCAUAUGAGAUGUGGCGAGUUGGAAUUGGCUGAUUAGGAGCAAUGCUUCUGCCUGUUUCAUAGCUAAGGCGCUUGAGAUUCUUUGACGUUGUCCGUUGCUACUUCUGCUCAUCAAGCCAAGCUAUGCACGGCUUGGUUAUUCGCUUUGGAUUAAGUUACUUGAGUACCAUGCUUGUAACUCACUGACUAAUACAUAUGGAAGACUAGAUCUCACUGGCUGUGCUUUUCAUGCCAUGGAUGAUGUUGAUCUCAUCUCUUGAAACUCGAUUAUUUCAGCAUAUUGUAGGUUUGGUUAUAGCACUGGAGCACUUUCACGCAAUGUGGAUCAGUGGGUUUCUUCUGAUGAGUUCACUGCAUUUAGUAUACUUAAAUAUUGUGUGCUGACCUUAUGCACUUGGCUAAGAGUGAGCAACUCUGCUUCAAGAUGGGUUUCCUUUCCAAUUCUGUAGUUUUUAGUGCUGUUAUCGACAUGUAUUCCAUAUGUGGCAGAUUGGAUAAAGUGGUUCAGGUGUUCCAUGAAAUGCCAAGGUGCGAUUCAGCGUUCUGCAAUUCAAUUUUUGCCAGUUAUCUCGAAGUGGACUUGAGGAUGAAGCUCUGAUGCUUUUUGUGGUAACCCUGAAACUAAAAAGCAAUGUCGAUAUAGAUAUUGAUGAUAGUGUACCUCAUAGUAUGCACUAUGUAUUGUUGUUUCAAGGUUUCAUCAGAAGAUUGUUUCUACUAUCUGUGUAAAACGAUAACGUGAUAAUUUAAAAUUGAUCCUCUGUAGUUGACUCACAAAAUGAUCUUGUCUUUUCUGCUGAAAGCGUCGUCUCCUGUUGAUUAAAUUACUUCAUCCACAGCGGCCGUCGCCCUCCAUUCUAGUGCACGGUAUGGUAAGGUAACUUGUGUGGCGUACGUUCUGAUCCGGAAACCAUGGACGACUUAAAUAUUUCAAUCUAUCAAACAUCCCAGAAAACACAGAUCGACGAUUUGGGGGUUGUGUAUAUAAUCUUCAAGCUCGUCAGUUGUAAGCCCAUCCUUGUUCUAGCUACUCGCCCACUAUGCUUUCUCUCCAACAGGUCUCAGCCACCGAUUCCAAUGACGAGAUCAAGCUGCACAGCAUGCUCGACGAGUUGGGAGACGUCCCACAGGCCUUGUUCGAGCUCUCGCUCAGGGAUUUGGUGGAGCUACCUCAGAUAAUUGCCAGUGCCAUGCAGGAGAAGCAAAGCAAGGAAAGAGAGUUUACAGAGCGCAAGAGUAGAAGCUGGGAGGAAAGAAAGAAAGCUGUGAAGAAGAGAAGGCCACGGAGCCAGAGCAUGGACAUUGGAGUUGGCCUUCUGAAGUGGAUCAUUCCGCUAUCCUCGAGCCGAAGAAAGGAGAGGUUUGUGUUUGUUUCCCCGUCUUCCUUAACAUCUGGGACAUCGACUGGUGCGAGAGGAGAGAGCCGAGAGGCAGGACAGGGAGGGGGCGAGUCAACUAGAAACACAAGUGCGGACAGUAGCCGCAGCAUAAGCAAGAAAUUGGUUGGCUGCUUCUUCCUCGAUUCACGCAAGCAAAACUAGAGCCAGAGAAAGAGUAGAAGAUCUGCAUAUUUCAAGUUUUUGUUUGUUUGUUUGUUUGCUCCUGUUUAUCUUCAUGUAAAAGUGUACAAAUACUGCCACGCGAUGAAGAAAAUUAUUAUUGGAACCAGUUUGCUUGCUGAA